CUGUUUCGCUAAUAAUCUUUUGUAUCUCGUUUUGUAUAUUAACAGAAGAAAAAUAUAAACCAGUUUUGAUUAAAAAUUUGUAUUUAAACGAUUUUUAACAAUAAUUUAUAAUAUUCGACAAAAUGUGGUCAAGAUUGUUGGUGAGUUUUGGUAUUGUUCUGCCUUUAUAUUUUGUACAAGGAUUGAACGAUGAAUGCGAUAAACUGGGUAUCCUCCUUUAUGAAGACGUAGGCUGCACUCCAAUCGUCAAACCAGGCAAAAGUUGUCCACUCAAAUACGAAUGUGAUUUAGACGUUAGGAACAACACCUGCUUAUUUAGAGGUAAAGAAAUUAGCACGACGGAUCGUUCAGCAGAAAAUGAUUUCGGUAGAUGCAACGUCGGAUGCUUCUGCAGAGGAGAUAUUCCCUAUGGUCCCGAUCCCAUUGAUAAACAAUUAUAUAAUAUAUUCAACCCAGAACUUAUUAUACCAGGAAAAUUCACGUGCGCCAUUUUAGACUGUCCAGAGUGGAUAGGAGGAUCUCCUUUGAGAAAAGAUUGUUACAGAACGUACACGUUAGACAAAUGUUGCUCUACUGGACAACUGUGCCCUCAAGACAAGCCUGGCCAAUGCGCAGUUGACGGAAAGACAGUACCAGAAGGUCAGCGGUUCAUUCCAAAAGACACGUGUACGGAUUGUGUUUGUCCUAAAAACUUUAACGGAAAGAUAGAGGCUCCUCACUGCAAGAGACAAUUGUGUAAUGUUCAAGUGAGGAACCAAAGAGAAGUUUCAAGCUAUUGUGCGCCUUACUAUUCGGAAUUCGAAGGAGAGACUCUUUGUUGUCCUAGAAGUUGGAUUUGUCCCUCUGGUGAGGAAGAGAUUAUUACUGUUAAUCCCAAAGCAGAAAAAUCUGCAGAUAUGACAUGCAAAUAUGGAUCGAAAUCAGUACAAUUAGGAGAAGGUUUUGAAACUACAGUGACAGGCUAUGACAAUGUUGAAAGAUCAGCUAAAUGUGAAUGCGUUAUACCGCCAUUUUUAACUUGCAGACAAGUAAAAAAAUAAUAUUUGAAGUAUUGUUUCUUGUGAUUGAUAAUAUGUAAUAAAUCUUUAGCAUUACUA